AUGGCAGUGCAGGAGAAUGGACAUCUUGCGGAGACCACAGUCAAACCAAACGGGCGACAGGAGGUUAAGCCGCGCAGAAAGGGUUUCGUGCGGUGGACAGUUGGACUCGUUGUGAGACUCUGCAUCUGGUAUGCGCUUGUAACGCCGUUCCUACAAUGUCCUUCCAACAUCGCAGAACUCACGGAAACAUCGCCGCGCGUCUGCAAACCUUACCUUAUCGCUCGUUCGCACGUCGAUCCCUAUGUCACUCCCUAUUAUGAUACGUACGCGGCGCCUUACGUUGAUCAGGCUUGCCCAUAUGUCAAGGUCUUUAUCGAACGAGUCUAUACCCCGGCAUCGAAAAUUGCCAAAUCCGGUUAUGAGAAAUACGGUGCGCCGGCAUUGGAACAGGCCCAGAUCUACGGUGCUGAGCAAUGGCGAGUCCAAGUCACCCCUCGAGUGCAAUCUGCUCGGGAUAAGGCGAAUCAGUUCUAUCUAGCUGAGGUGGACCCAUAUGUCCAGCAGGGUGUGACUGCUGUCUCCCCGUAUUAUCAAAAGGCCAACUCCGCCGCGAUGGCCAUCUACUGGAACCACCUGGUGCCGUUUUACACUCGCUCAAUGCCUUUCAUCGGAAAGACUUAUGCCACGAGCCAGGGAAUUUUAACGACCCACGUUAUGCCCGGUGCGCAGUAUACCUGGUCAUCCGCAGUCUACUUUGCGAACAGCUCACUGUGGCCUCAUGUCACAGGCCUUUACUCUGAGCAGGUAGAGCCUCAAUUGGUCAAGAUCGGCCAGCGUUUGGCUAGCUACAGGGAAGGCAAGCGCCUUCGUGCUGUUGUGGAGGAAGCUGACAGCACUUCAUCCCUGCAGCCCGUCUAUUCUAAGACCACUCAACCCGAGGAGCCAGUUCAGACCACGAGUACUGUGACAUCCACUCCUACAGCUGAAGCCCCUGUUCAGCCCACUCUCUCUGCAACUGAGCAAGCGCAGCAAGACCGGGUUAAGAUCGAGUCAGACCUUGAGAGGUGGCAGGCAAAAUUCUCUCUCGCAGCUGAUAAGGGCAUUGAGGAUCUCGAGGAGCGUAUCGAAGAAAUUGUUUCCGCCCUCAUUGCGAGCAGUGCAAACAGUUACGGCCAGAGCCUUUCUACUGCCCUUCAAUCGGUAUCAGCUGAGCAGCUCUCUUCAAUCAAGAAUUGCAUCAACACCCUGGCGGAGUCAAUGCCCGAGGAGAAUGCCCCAGAUGUUGAGGAGUCGACAGGUGAUCAGCUGGUCAGGGAAAUCAGGACCUCCGCCAUUUCUGUGAGAGAUCGUGCCCAUGCACUCAGAGAAUGGUCCGCCUCUUUUGACGAAGAACUUGUUCGUCGGGUGGAUGCCGCUGUUGACUCGACUCUAGCUGUCCUCGACAGCAUCCGUGAUCUUGGAUUGCAAGAGAUCGGUAUGCGCUGGGCGUGGAUGGAUGGUGUCACCUACAAGGACUGGGCUAAGUACCAUGCUUUGAAAGCCCAACUCGAGGAUUGGCGCAACGAGAUCCGGGAAGUCGGGACACACCACAAGUCUGUUUCAGAGGCCAGAGCCGUGGCAAGUGAUAUCUUGGACAGCGGCAUGCACGAAGCUGAAUUGGCUGCCAAGGAACUUGUCAGGCUUAAGGAUGUUGGGCUCUGGAAGAUCGCUGCUCGUGAGGUCAGUGACAACUUCGACACUCGAACCGAAGCCCCGCCUCCGAGACCCAAGCCCCAGCAGGAGCCUGAAGAAUCUGAAGACAUCAAUGUUGAUUCGGAUCACGAUAAGACCUUCGAGGAGGCCUCUGAAUCUGCUUCGAAGGACCAAACCGCGUCAAGCACCGAUAAUUCUGAGGUUAUCGAGGAAGCUCCAGAGGCCGAAUCGUCUCCCGCUGCUGUUGCCGAAGAUGAGAAUCUUGAUGAUGCUGAGUCUGUUAUGGAUGAUUUUAUUAUCGAGGAACAACCUUCUGCAAGACCAGCCUUCGGUGUUGCGGCUGCUGAGGUCGGUUCUUACCAAGAGCCCAUCCUCGAUGACGAGCAUUCGGAUGCCUUGCAUAGCCUCGCGAACAAAGCUGGCGACACCUACGCCGAGGCAAGCAAGGCUGUGAGCGAGGCUAUCUACGGUGCCUCCGAGACCCCUGGCGUUGGCGAGCAGGCGGCAUUAUUCGCCAGUGACCAGUAUUCUCACGCCUGGUCCGCCGCAUCUGAGGUUCUUUACGGAACUCCUUUGAGUCCCGCAGAGAAGGUUUCUAGUGCUGCCUCUGAAAAAUACACCGAGGCUGUAGCGGCUGCCUCUUCAGUCAUCUACGGUACCCCCACGCCAGUCAUUCGGUCCGUGGUGGGUGAGGCUAGCUCAGCAUAUGCUGAAUCCACAUCUCAAGCCAAGAUCCUCUAUGAAAUCGCAAAGUCUCAGGUUCUCGGUCAAAUGGCCCAGUCUAGCGCCCCGGCUCAUUCCCAGCUCCUUGCCUCUAUUGAAGCAGCUUACUCUGGGUCGGUCAAGUAUGCCACUGAAGAGCUAGAGUCGAAGCUUCGGGCCGUUCGAGCCACUCCUGCGCCAUCUUCAGUAGGACCCCUUGCCCAGAUCUCAUCAAUCGCCUCGUCGCGCUUGGACCAGGGACUCAGUCUGGCCUCUGAGCAGCUAGCUCAGGUGCGGGCAACAGCGUCGCAAACAACCGAUUCUGGCUUCCAGCCCUAUGUGCUCGAUGCUCAGCGUCGCUAUUAUGAGGCAGUCGGUCUAGCUCAUGAUCACUAUACUGCCUUUGUCUCUACGGCAUCUGAUGCAGUUUAUGGUUCUCCCACCCCUACACCAGUUUCUAGAAGCUUCAAGGGACUCGUCGAAGAAGCCGGCUCUCAAUACGAGCAAGCCUCUUUCUUGGCUUCCGCCAGCCUUGCAGCUGUUGUUGCUUCAGCCAGCUCGAUCAUCUCUUCCGCUGAUGAUGGUAAAGCACAGAGUAUCAUUGACGACGCUUCAUCGCGAUACAGCGCCGCCCUCUCCGCGGCUUCUGCGUCUCUCUCGUUGGCAUCCGUCUCUGCUAGCUCGGCUAUCUAUGGGACCACCCCAGGACCUCUGGAGUCUCUUUCCAGCCAUGCAUCUGAAAAUUGGGAGCAUCUAGUUUCCAAGGCCAGCGAGCAGAUUUAUGGCGCACCAACACCGUAUCUGCAACAAGUGGCGAACAACCAGCGUGUCCACUUUGAAGCGGUGCAACAAAUUGUCUCUGAGUUGAUCGUCGGCAAGCAACCAUCGUUCACUGAGAGCGUGUUGAGCAAGCUCCAAGCUGCAUACGAGACGCCUUACCCUACUGCCGCUGUUUCAUCUGCCUCUAGCUACAUCAGUGAGACAUAUGAGGCUGCAUCAUCGGCCGCUGCUGCAGCUAUCUCCGAUACGCCAAGGAUGGAGGAUAUCAUGCAGCAUGCUAAUGAUCAACUGCACGCUGCUGUUGAAGCUGCAAGUGUCGGAAUUUACGGAACUCCCAAGGGCUCCUUUGAACAGGCCACAGAUGCUGCAGCUGACGCUUACUCAACAGCUUCUGCCCAAGUGAGCAGCGCUGUCUACGGCAAGGAAUCCGGUUACAUCGAUGUCGCCAAAGACGCUAUCGAAGAUAUCCAAUCCAAGGCCAGCGCAGCUAUCUACGGUGAAGAGCCCAACGUAGUUGAGAGCGCCACCCUCCGUCUUGCCGGCGCCGUUGAAAGCGCCAAGUCCCAGCUAGCUGAUCUCGCUGCCAGUGCCAGCAGCGUUGCAUCCGAGGCAGUUGAGACCGCUGCGUCACACGUGGAAGAUGCGACAAGCAGUCUCAAGAAUUCCGCAUCUUCAUUCAAGGACGAACUGUGA